AAGCACACAUUUUUUUUUUUUACAUUAUUUACCAAAAAAGAUAUAGUAAACAUUAAAAUAAAAACUUUAUUGUCCCAAAUAAAACUAAAAAACCCAAAUUACAAAAUAUAGCUGUGCUCAUGGCGGAUCCUUACUGGCGAUACGCUGCUUCUUCUGCUGAUCGAGCUGGCAUUCCACCGUCAAGUUUUCCUGGCUACUUGUCAUCUGCAACGCCUGGUAUUCCACCAUCAAGUUUUCCUGGCUACUUGUCAUCUGCAACGCCUGCAUUACCAGUGCAUCAUGGGUGGGCCUCAAGUGAUCUGCAUGGAAGUUCGUCUGAUGUGCUGCAAAAAGAUAUCUUGCCAUUGCGUAGUAGAGCUUAUGGUGUAAAUGAUGGUGUUGGUGUUCGUUCAGAUCCUGCUCCGGGUGGAUAUAUGACUGGAACAAGCAUGAGAAGCUACACACCUUCUGUAGAAGAUCCGAGUUUACUUGCUCCGAGAGGAGAUGUUCCUUUGGGUUCAACUCUCCCCGGCGUAUUAAAUGAAAGGCCUGCCUCUUAUGGAAAUAUCGAUGACCUUCCGGUUCCAGUUCCAGCUUUAAAGAAAGAGUCAAAUGUUUUAUUUGUCGAUGGGCUCCCACAUGACUGUACCAGAAGAGAAGUAGGCCAUCUUUUUCGUCCUUUCAUUGGGUUCAGAGAAAUUAGAGUUGUUCAUAAGGAGCCUAGACGGGCUGGAGAUAAGGCAUUGGUUUUGUGCUUUGUUGAAUUUACAGAUGCGAAGUGUGCUUUAACUGCUCUGGAAGCUCUACAAGGUUACAAGUUUGAUAACAAAAAACCAGACUCAUCUGUCUUGAGCAUACACUUUGCCCAUUUUCCGUUUCGGCUGCCACCUGGUCGUGAAGAGCGGUUUGCAGGUGCCCUGUGAUUGUCAUGCUAAGAAAUGUGAUUGUAAACAAUGUAGGUUGGUCGCCUAUAAGCAACUAGCAGACGGAUAGUUUUUUGUACCGGGUAGCUAAUAUUGGCUGUUAUCACGUGGCAAUACAAUAUUGUACACCCCUUGCCAAUUGAUGAAUAGUAAGGAGUCUUUGCUUAGCAGUAUUAUUUAAUUGUGUGAAGAUCUGCAUUCAGGUUUAAUAGUGCAUUCUGGUCAAUACUCA